AUGUCACGCAAAAUUCUAAAAGUUUUAUACCGCUUUUUUCAUAAUUUGUUUUACUAUUUUGUAGCUUAUUGUGUAGUAGCAGUGGAGUCUGUUGAAAGACAAAUUCCAAUUGCUUUUCUUGAACGGAUUAAGGAUGAUUUUAACAAAAGAUAUGGUGGAGGAAGAGCUACAACAGCAACUACUAGAAGUCUUAACAAAGAUUUUGGACCAAAGUUGAAGCAGCAUAUGCAAUAUUGUGUUGAACAUCCAGAGGAAGUUAGCAAGCUUGCUAAAGUGAAAGCUCAAGUUUCUGAAGUCAAAGGAGUUAUGAUGGAAAAUAUUGACAAGGUUAUUGACAGGGGAGAAAAAAUUGAGGUUUUGGUGGAUAAAACAGAGAACCUUCGUUCUCAGGCACAAGAUUUCAGGCAGCAAGGAACACAGUUGAGGAGAAAAAUGUGGUAUCAGAAUAUGAAGAUCAAGCUCAUAGUUCUUGCUAUCAUAAUUGCAUUGAUUCUCAUUAUUGUUCUAUCUGUGUGUCAUGGUUUCAGUUGUUAAAAAUUCUCAUUUAUCUAGAAUUGUCACUAUAUAUUGGAUUGUUUUGUAAUAUAUUAUAGUCUCAUACUUUAUGAUUUGUUUAUUAGACAUUCAAUUGUUUCAUGUAAAAAAAUGGUUAGGAAGAGAAAUGAAUAAAGUGUGUUAGGGUGAUUCUUGUUUUUCAUUUUCA